AUGGUGCCACGAGCCGGGAACAUGUCAUCCAUCAUCAUCAGAAUCGCAGACCAAACAAAACGAAGAUUGUGUGAAGUCCUCAACGAAAUCAAGAGUCUGAACUUGGAUUCGGUCGACCAAACGACAACAACCGACGAAACAAUCCGUCUUCAUCAGGAACGGAGAAGGAUCACCCAAGAAAAAAUCAUGCAUAUCCAAAUAUACAUAGAAGCGUUGGAAUCGGUCAAUACAGAGUGGAAACAAUUCAUCCAGCAGAUUUCAGUCUCAACCAAAAGAAAAGAAGAAGAAGAUCGAUACCUUCAGAUAAACGACGAUGAAUCAGGUAUUACCAACUUAAUUUUACAAGCAAAACAAACUGUAGUCAUUUUAAAAAUGUAUCAAAAUGAUUCGGAGUUCAUAUUACAACGGCUAAAUCAGUCUAUGGUAAGGGAGGAAACAACUCAACCCAAGGAACCCACACAAGAGGGUAAAUACCCUACAGUAAAUCUCCCACAACUACCACUGCCCACAUUCAGUGGGAAUCCAAGACGCUGGAGGGAAUUUUGGAAUAGCUUUGAUACAGCUAUACAUCAACAAGCAAUUCCCGAUAUCCAUAAACUAAACUAUUUCAUCUCAUGUCUCAAAGGAGAUGCCCUCCAAGCUAUCAGAGGUUAUGACAUAACUCCGGAGAAUUACAGUAUCGUAAGAAAUGUCCUCGUCGAAAAGUUUGGGCAGCCUUACGCCAUCAAACGAGCCUUGUUCACCGAAUUAUACUCCAUCAAAAAGAACGAUAGAGAGUGGAAAGCAACGCUUGAGGCCAUUGAGCGAACACUUCGACAAUUGGAGGCCAUCGGUGAGAAUUUAGAGCAGUCCGGUAUCGAAAUAGCUGUGGAAGGGAAAUUGCCAACCUGGAUCCUAGAACAGGUUUACAGAAGAAAGAGGCAGGAAUCGUAG